AUUUCACUUCCUCCUUGUUUACUUCCACUUCCAUUCUUCUUCCUCUCCAAGACACUAAACAUAUAUUUGCACUACUAUUUUAUUAUCAUAUGACCAAAAUUCGCUGUCUGUCCCCGUCCCAUCCUUACUAUAUUAUACCAAUUACAAAACAAAACAAACGGACCAAGCCGUAGCGCAUACACUUGAAAAGUCACCAACAGAACACAGAUCCUGUCUGACGCAGCAAAUCAAUAAGCGAACGAUCAAACCAGACCAAAACAACAGAACAAAAAAGAACUCUCCCUAACAGAAAAUAAAGCAAAACGCCUCUUUCAUUUUAGCAAUGCUGACAAUAUUUCUCUACGGGAUAGCUUCGUUGCUUCUUCCUGCCGUGAUCAUCAAUGCCAACGAGCCAGUGAUCAAUUACUCGUAUCUCUCCAACCCUACUGCAGUGACUCCAUCCUUUCCAGUUGCACUAGGAGCAGGCGUCUUCAUCACAGGAACUAACGUAACAGGAGUAGAACCACCAUCAAAUUACUUUGGUGACCUCAAAUCCUUGCUAUGGACGGCUGGGUUAUCAUCAUUAAUAUCCUCCUUCGCACGGCUCUCUUUGUAUAGUAGCAACAACACAUAUACACGCUCUGCAUUACCUUGGGCAUGGCGAGGAUCUUGGAAGAUGAUGAUGACAUCUAUUGCCUCACAAAGACGAACUUGUCAAACAAUGGCCACGACAAUGACUGUGGUAUCACCACCAUCAUCACCACCGUCAUCAUCAGCAGGAUGGGUGAUGGGAUAUAAUUCUAAUGACCACGAUCAAGUAUCGCCGGAAAGGUCCAUGUAUUCUCCUCGAGCAGGAACUUUGAAUGAAGAAUCUGGACAUUCGGAAGAUCUGACAAGCGUCAUUGCUCCAUUCCAUUCGCCAGCAACUCUCUGGGGAUCAUAUAGAGCAGAUUUGAAUCGAAAUAAAACGUAAUCACUCG